GGAAGUAGGAACACUCCCCUUUACCUUCACGCCUCCUCUACCAAACCCCACAACCCCUCCCCAACUCAGAUUGCAAAUAUUAAUAUUACCUACAAAACCAACACCACCAUUUCACCUUAAACAAAGCAUUGUUUGUUUAUACUAGAUUCCAAGUGUUUUGGUUUCACAUAUAUACACCUUUCAAGGUCUCAGGGGGCAUGAUCAGCAGCCAACACACUGAUUCACACACCAACACUGCGUUCAGCUCCAGGAAAAUUCAGAUCACCACCCUGACACAAAAGGGUUGUCUCUGAUUUUCUGUUUGUUCACUUUUUCAGUUUUUUUCACCUACCCACAAAGGUUUUGGUUGAAAAGAUUGGAUUUUUGACCUACCCUUUAUCUCAAACGACAAUGAUUUCAUCGUUGAGACAACCUAGUAUAGGGAUCACUGGUUCUGAUGUUGUUUUGAGGAGAACACAUGCAACAACCUUGCAGACACGGUCGUUUUUACCUUCUCUGUCAAGAGGAAGUGCUCUGAGAUCAUCAUCCAUGGUUUCAGUGCAUAAGCCACUGCACCUUGCAUCUGUUGGUGUUGGAGGAAGCUUUGGGAUGAAGAAUUUCGAGAAUCUGGGAAGGGGUGAUGAUUUGGUGAAGUGUGGAGCGUAUGAGGCUGAUAAAUCAGAGAUUGAAGGUGCAGCAACACCAUCUGAGGCUGCUAAGAAGGUGAAAAUUGGGAUAUAUUUUGCUACCUGGUGGGCUUUGAAUGUGGUGUUCAAUAUUUAUAACAAGAAGGUUUUGAAUGCCUACCCUUACCCUUGGCUCACUUCAACUUUGUCACUGGCUUGUGGGUCUCUCAUGAUGUUGAUCUCUUGGGCCACCAGGAUUGCAGAGGCACCUAAGACUGAUCUUGAUUUUUGGAAGUCUCUAUUCCCUGUUGCUGUUGCACAUACAAUUGGACAUGUUGCGGCGACGGUUAGUAUGUCGAAAGUUGCAGUAUCAUUUACCCAUAUCAUCAAGAGUGGUGAGCCUGCUUUUAGUGUUCUGGUUUCAAGGUUUAUUUUGGGUGAGAGCUUCCCUGCGCAAGUCUAUCUAUCUUUACUUCCAAUCAUUGGUGGAUGUGCACUUGCUGCUGUGACUGAGCUCAAUUUCAAUAUGGUUGGUUUUAUGGGGGCUAUGAUAUCAAAUUUGGCAUUUGUAUUCCGGAACAUCUUUUCUAAAAAGGGGAUGAAGGGAAAGUCCGUCAGCGGAAUGAAUUACUAUGCUUGUUUGUCUAUUUUGUCCCUUGCGAUUCUCACACCCUUCGCAAUUGCUGUUGAAGGACCACAGAUGUGGGCCGCUGGAUGGCAAACGGCCGUCUCUCAAGUUGGACCCCAGCUAGUAUGGUGGGUAGCAGCUCAGAGUGUAUUCUAUCAUCUAUACAAUCAGGUGUCAUACAUGUCUCUGGAUGAGAUCUCUCCCUUGACAUUUAGCAUCGGAAACACCAUGAAACGUAUAUCCGUCAUAGUGUCUUCAAUUAUCAUCUUCCAAACACCAGUUCAGCCCGUCAAUGCUCUUGGAGCUGCUAUUGCUGUCUUCGGAACCUUCUUAUAUUCACAGGCGAAACAAUAGAGUUGGGAUUUGUUGUGCUCAACCAUGGACAAGGAAGUGGAUUUUGAAAUGUGACUGCUGGAUUUUUGUAAGACUAGGAUGAUCCGGCUGUGAGGGCAUCUGUAGAUAAUAAUAAGAAUAAUGCUUCUGAGGAACAUUAUCAUAAGACAUGCUUAGUUAGAUUCUUUGAAAUGUCAAUGAGUUGAAAUAAUGCUUUUGUUUAUUUAGUCUGAGAAUAUAAUUUCUCAAAACAUUGUUUACUAUAAGGAGUUUUAAAAUAUGAUUCGAAUGAUCUAUUUAA